AGUCGAGGAUUUGCAACGCACAUGUUUCCCAGUCGCUACCUUACAGAAAGGCAUCUAGCCGGUUUUGAUAAAUACAAGUACAGUGCGGUGGACACUUCGCCCCUCGCCAACUACAUUAUGCAUCCGUUCUGGAACCGCGUCGUACAGUUUUAUCCAAAGUGGUUGGCUGCCAAUGUCUUGACUUUUGGUGGAGUUUUGUUGUUGGUUCUCAACUAUAGUCUUUUUGCUUAUUAUGAUUAUGAUUUCAACACGACUUGUAAUGAUUUGGGUAUCAAGAGGUCUCCAAUACCACAAUGGGUGUUUCUUGUAUGUGCCGUGUCUCAGUUUGUGUCACAUACAAUGGACGGAACCGAUGGAAAACAAGCGAGACGAACAAAUGCAUCUAGUCCAUUAGGUGAAUUGUUUGAUCACGGUUUUGAUUCACUUUCGGUAGUCAUUACUGUUCCACCUAUGUUCUCACUCUUUGGCAUGUGUGAUGAAUGGGGUGACAACAUCUGGAUCAGCAAUGUCAUAUAUCUCGGUUGUAUGUUUUGCUUCUACCUUCCACACUGGGAAAAGACCGUCACAGGCGUUCUAUUUCUUUCUUGGUCAUACGAUGCAUCUCAAUUGGGAUGUGCCGGUGUUUACCUUAUUUGCUGGUGGUUUGGUACUGAAUUUCUUCAAACUAAGCCAGCUUUUGGUGUGAGGGUAAAAUCAAUAGCUGACACAACAUUUGCUGUCAUAGGUAUUGCCUCUGUGUUCUGCACAUGCUGGAACAUCUACAGUGCUAUACAGAAGGGAUCCCCAAAGUUGGGAUCAAGCUCAGUGUCAGGAUUGUUGCUUCGUGCCUUCUUUGCUCUGUGUCCCGUUGUGUUUGCGUUCGGUUUCUCUCUGAUGUGGGCAGUGUUGUCACCAUCUAAUAUUAUGGAGAUGCAGCCAAGAGCUUUCUUUCUGAUGGAAGGAUUCCUUUUCUCCAAUGCGUGUUGCCGUUUAAUUAUCAGUGAAAUGUCUGGCACUUCUGCAGACAAGUGGAACUGGUUGUGCUCUCCUUUGCUACUCAUCAUUCCGUUAGCAUAUCUACGUUUGGUCGACGAGACAAUAAUGCUCAUGCUUUAUUGUUCUGUACUUGCAAUCUAUCACAUACACUAUGGCGUCAGAAUUGUUCAAGAGCUUUGCGAUCAUCUCAACAUAUUCUGCUUCUCCAUCAAGAAACGCAAUUAAUCAACAGACCACGCCUACAUUCUUUCAAACGAUUACCACAAAAAAACUUAACGUUAUUAUUAUGAAAGCACACAACAUUAACAUACCAUCACAAAUAGAGAUUUACGCCCAUAUUG